CUCGGCGAGGCCCGCAUGAGAGCGGCGCCAUUUUCUAGUUCAUUGAAUAAAAGGGGGUUGGUGGCGGUUGGAGUUGCUGACCGGUACGCGUCCGAGCUUGUAAUUAAAUUGGCAAAUACCGGCGAUUUGUAAGGGGGAGAGGAAAAAAACCCAGAAUUUUUGUUGCCAUGUCAGCUACUCCGGCCCAGAAACCGUCCCGGGCCAGCGCGGCCCAAACGCCUCUGAGCCCGACUCGGAUCACUCGCAUUCAGGAGAAAGAGGAGCUGAAGAACCUCAAUGACCGCCUGGCUACCUACAUCGACAAAGUGCGCUCGCUCGAGUGCGAGAAUAGCGUGCUGCAGCUGAAGAUCUCCGAGAAGGAAGAGGUAACAACCAGGGAGUUGACCGGCAUUAAGUCCAUUUACGAGACGGAGUUGGCGGACGCCAGGAGGUUGCUGGACGAGACGGCCCGCGAAAAGGCGAAGCUACAGAUUGAGUUGGGCAAGACCAAAACAGAACUGGAUGAGCUGACCAAAAAUUACAAGAAGAAAGAUAGUGACCUGAUAUCGGCUCUUGCACGGUUGAAAGAUUUUCAAUUGACCUAUCACAAAAAUGAAGCUGCACUUAACUCUGCUCUUAGUGAAAACAAUCGUUUGGAAGCAGAGAUGGAAGACUUGCGGUCACAGCUUGCUAAGGUUGAAAGCUCUCUGGCUGCUGCCCAAAAACAAUUGGAAGGAGAGACGCUGAUGCGAAUUGAUCUGGAGAAUCAGUGUCAGAGCUUAAAUGAGGAACUGGCAUUCAGGAAAAAUGUGUUUGAAGAGGAAGUGCGUGAGACUAGGAAGAGACAAGGCCGUCGAGUUGUGGAGGUGGAUUCUGGGCGAAGAAUCGACUAUGAAUCCAAACUGGCAGAUGCUCUUCAGGACCUGCGACAGCAGCAUGAAGGUCAAGUGAAACAGUACAAAGAUGACAUGGAACACACUUUCCAAGCCAAGUUGGAGAAUGCUAAAUUAGCAUCUGAUAGAAAUGACAAAGCUAUUGGAACAGCACGGGAAGAGUUGCAGGAGGCAUAUCAUAGGAUUGAAAGUCUCAAUUAUCAACUUGGAGUCCUGCAGAAACAGUCUGCUGCUUCUGAGGCCAGAGUUCGGGAGCUAGAAGAUCUGCUUGCAAGUGACCGUGAUAAGUUCCGUAAGAUGCUGGAGGGAAAAGAGCAGGAAAUGGCUGAGCUGAGGGAUCGCAUGGAGAUGCAGCUGCAGGAAUACGAGGACCUCCUUGAUGUCAAACUGGCCCUUGACCUGGAAAUUCAAGCCUAUCGCAAACUUUUGGAAAGUGAAGAAGACAGGUUGAAGCUGUCUCCAAGUCCUUCCUCCAAGGUUACUGUGUCCCGUGCUACAUCUAGCAGCGCUGUUCAUACAUCUCGUACCAAACGAAAGCGUGUAGAAAUAGAAGAGCACAGAGAAAGCAGUCAAGUGAUGCAAACACACUCAUGCAGUGGUUUUAUCAGUAUUGAGCCAAUUGAUCUUGAGGGAAAUUUUGUUUGUCUCAGCAAUGAUUCUGAGAAGGAUCAGCCACUUGGAGGAUGGCGACUGAAGAGGCAAAUUGGAGAUGGGGAGGAAAUAGUCUACAAGUUCACCCCCAAAUACACUCUGAAGGCUGGACAGAAAGUCAAAAUUUGGAGUGCAGAUGCUGGCAAAGCCCACGGCCCUCCUACUGACCUUCUGUGGAAGAGUCAGAGUUGGGGCACUGGGGACAAUAUCAAGACUGUCCUUGUCAACUCUGAUGGAGAGGAAGUUGCAGUGAGAAGUCUCCAAAAACCUUUCUAUGAGGAGGUGGAGGAGGAACCAGAGUAUGGCGAGGAAGACCUUUUCCAUCAACAGGGUGACCCAAGGACCACAUCUCGUCAAUGUGCAGUGAUGUGAUCAUCAUAAAUAUACCUUUUUCUUCCCGGAGGAGGGAUUAUUUUACCCUGAUUUACUUUGUCCAGAGCCACUGAGAAAUAUUUUUGUACGCAAUAUUUUCUUUAAACAUUUGAGAUCAUGCAGUUUUAGCAUUUUAAUCCAUUGUUUUAUUUUGUAAACCUGAGUUCUGAAGGGGUUUUUAAAGGUCACUUAACACUGCAAAGUGGUGGUCAAGAGACAUUAUCAAUUUUAUGUGGACAGGGAGGGAGACUAUAAACAACUUAUCCAAAUGGCCUCAGUCUAUAUUAGUUGUGUAUAGAUUGAGAAUUGGGUUCAGUAUAUCUAGGGCUUAGCCGUAGCACUGCAUCACGGCCUGUGUUAAUCAGAAUUUGGUUAUUCUGCAGUUUUUCAAACCCAAAGGGUUGUUGUAAAAACUCCACCAAAUUGGUGUUAACCUCGUACCCAAACAAAAUUAUUGUUAGUGGUACGAAACUCCUUCAUAACUGCAGAUGGAGUACUCUGAACUCUAAUGCAGAAGUCUCAGGUGUUUUGAAGAAAUGGGCUAUAAAGAUUUUUUCUUUGAUUCUGCCCUAAAAUACUGUGUUUGGCUAUUCUGUACAAAACUGCUGCAUGCGAUUGUAAAAUUUGUGUAAUGGAAAGGAGACUGACCUUUUUGGGCGUUGCAUUCAUUGAACAGGCAAUGGGAGACACAUUAAUUUUAAUUGGGUGAAUUACACAAUCGUGUGUUUAUUGAAUGAAAUUGUAAAUAUUGCAUGAAAAACAACAGAAUAUACCAAGCUUUUUUUAACAAAAAAUUCAUUCAUCAUGUAAUAUUUUUUGCUUUUUUAAACUGUACUUGGUGUCAAAAUCCCAUUAUUUAAGUUAGUAUUUGGAUUCCCACUUUGCUAAUGCUAUUGAGUGUAUUUACUGGGUGGUAUAUCAAUAUUUUGGAUGGUGGCUUAUGGAAGGUUGAUUUUUCUUUGUCGCUGAUGGCGGUUUAGGACAGAACUGACAGUGAUUUGUAGUAGCUUGCUUGUUUUAGAGGCUUGUUUAGAUUGACCUUUAGGUAAAAGUAAGUGGGCUUGGGAACAUGUUUUGCAGCACUGGAACAAAUUAAAAUUGAACUUGAGGACAGUUUACCCAGCAGUUGCAGUAGCUGCCUUAAUUUGCUCUGUUUAAUUUCAGCUUUAAUCAUCUGACAUAAUUAGUCAAUGUAAAAUACUAUCAGAAUGGGAUUUUCAUAACAUGACACAUUUCCCCUGUUCCUUCAUAACUGAGGUUUUCAAAAAGAAAUUACGUGGAAAUCUCCAGCAAUAAAACUACGCUAAAGAGAUCUGCAGCCAACUCUUCAAUAUUCAUCCUUGUAUCACUGUUAAAUAUGUGUUUUUUAGAGUGGGGAGCAGUUAAAAUAAUAAUCAUGUUGCUUAUAUUGCCCUUUUGAUUUUAUGUAUCAUAUAUAUGGUUAAAUAACAAAUGUUAUGCUUCUAUGUUUAUCAACUUUUAAAAUUGUUUCUCAGAUUUUUAAGUAAAUUGAACACCUAAUAAUAAGGAAUAUUGAGAUUGGAAUAAUGGAAUUCCUUUUGAAUCCAUACGUUUUAUUUGGUUAAGCUUCCUAAAUUUGUCAUUAAUUAGAAUUAUGUAAUGUGAAAUUGUCCUCCAAUAAAAGUGAGCAGAAUAUAGCCUGGGAAACAAUGUUUAAAAAGAUACUUUUGCUUUUAUAUUAAACUUAUUUGAACCAUAGCGGAUGGUCCUAAAAAUCAUGUGCACGUUGACUGUUUCUUAAAUGAUCAAUUUACUGGUAAAAUCAUGAUAUACAUUGCUGUGAUUAUUUUCCUUUAAUCUUUUUAAAAGGUUGCGUUACAAGGUUUCUGGUGUUUCCCUUGUAAAAUCAAACACUUUCCACUGAUUAAAAAUAAAUCCACAAAGCAAAUGUGAAUUCUCAGUUUGUUUUAAUUUUGGGGUUUUCAUUAAAGCAAACUAAAUCAUUGCUCUCUUCCACUGGUGUAUGCAUGUCCACACCCUACCUCUCAUUUGGUGCCCCCUAUAAAACUAAAAUUCCUAGUAACUUUUAACAUCAGACUAAUAUCAAUGACUUGGAUAAGAAAGCUGCAGAAGAGCAAGGAAAUUAAGAUUCUAAAGGAACUUAUUUGCCACCAUUGAAAAUGUAAAGCCUAAACUUACUACUAGUCCUUGUUUGGAGAGGAUGUUGAAUGACAUAAUUCAACUGUAUUAUUAAUUUUAAUUUUUGAGCAAUGAAAUAAAAUAAUGUGAACAAAGCCAUUUCUGCCUGUAAUUAUCACAUGAUCAGAUUGUAUGUAGCUGGUGAUAUAGUAAUUUGUGGAGGUGAUUAGUUUCAUUUAUGCAUUUAUGAUACUACUACUUUGGCUUCACCAUUUGCAUCAGGACCUGACGCUGUUUCUGGAAAGAGGCAUGAAAGUAUGAACUACUUUCAAUGACCUAUGGCUCCAUAGAAAGUAUGUACUGAACAUAAUCUAUCGAAUUAUAAUCUUUGUUUUAAAGAUCUGAACAAACUUCAUCUUGCCCAUGUAGUACAAAUAUUUUGAUUGUCCAUAAAAAUACAUUUACAUUUGAUAUCUAUUGAGUUGGCGAAUGUAAACAUUCUUGGAUACGCUAAGAAGCUAGACACUAUCACCGAGGUGUUUUGCUGUAUGGAGAUGAUGCCAAAAAACAAAAGUUCUGUAACUUGUAAACAUUUUAUAACUGGAAAUUUUAUGAACAUUCAAUAAAUAUGGUUUUACAUAUUAAA